AAAUAAAAUUCUGAAACUUUCUUUCAUGACAGCUCACUUCUUUAAAACUUUCUCGUUCGUUUCGUUGGGUUUGUUCUUCUUACAGCAGCAGCAGCAGUCAGCAGCACCACCACCGGUCGCCGUGUAGAAAUUUCAUAUAAAAUUACUUUUCAUUUUACAUUCCCAACAAAAGAAAAGUCAAAUUUUCUUUAACCAUUUUCCACAAUGGGACUUUUAUACAGACUUCGAGUUCGUUUGAUAAACUUUUUAGUAUUUUUUCUCAUCGUAGUUUUAAUACCCGGCAUUCCGCCACGGAACACUUUUCCCUUUGCAGCAUUCACUGUGACACCUGCGAAAGAACUUAAAGGCGCUCUAGAACCUAAUUUUCAUCUUGAAGGCGCCGAAAGGUUACUCGAAGGCCGUGUCUAUGGCCCAGAACAUUUGCUGGCACGUAAAAAUGAGAUCUACACUGGAAUUUAUGGUGGCGAGGUUAUUAAACUAACUGCCGAUCAUGUUACGCAUGUAGCAAAGUUCGGACAACCUUGUGAAGAAAUCUUUGAAGAAUCACGGUGUGGACGACCUUUGGGCUUGGCCUUCGAUACACUUGGCAAUAACUUGAUUGUUGCCGAUGCUUAUUAUGGUCUGUGGGAGGUUAAUCUAUCGAAUGGAAAGAAGAAGCUUCUUAUCUCUGCUCAACAGGAGCUGGAUGGUAAAAUAAAACGCAAACCGAUGAUGUUCAAUAGCUUGGCCGUAGAUAAAAAGGGCGACGUAUUCUGGACUGACUCAUCUUCUGAUUUCUUGCUUGAAGAUAUUGCAUUCACUGUGUUUGCCAACCCAUCAGGAAGAUUGUUCCACUACGAUAGAGUGAAGAAUGAAAGCAAAUGUCUCCUCGAUGAACUGUUCUUCCCCAAUGGAGUUGUUAUCAGUCCAAAUGAGGAAUUCGUUGUUGUUGCUGAAACUGGUUCGUCACGUCUAUUGAAAUAUUAUCUUAAAGGCGCAAAGAAGGGACAACAUGAGGUGUUUGUUGAUGGUUUACCCGGAUUACCCGAUAAUCUAACGCCCGACAGUGAAGGAAUAUGGAUUCCACUUUUAGUUUUCAAAGAUGCUGAUCAUCCAUCGCUCUUUGCUAUCUUCUCAGAAUUCCCAACAAUUCGUAAAUUCGUAUCGCGUUUGUUGGUGCUCUUCGAAAUGCCUUUCCGUAUGCUCAACAAUGUAUUCCCUAACGUAUUGACUCAGAGAUUUAUCCAUUCGAUUGGACAUGGCGAAGUGGUUGUGCCUUUCCUGCCUAAGCGUUCGACAAUUGUUCGUGUUGACUGGAAUGGAAACAUCGUAGGGUCUUUGCACGGGUUCGAUAAGUCUGUUGGGCAUGUCUCGCAUGUGCUUGAGCUUGAAGAUAAUUUGCUUUUGGGAUCGCCUUACAAUCGUUUCAUUGCUAAAGUCAAAUUGCCUAAAUCGCCUCAGAUUAAAGUUCGCAAUGUGCGGUAUGAUAAUGCUGCUAAUAUCGAGCCUGUUGUUCCCGUUGUUGCUAAAGCUACAACUACCACUCCUAGGCCAACAACCACCACCACCACUACUACCCCAAGGCCAACGACAACACCUAAACCAACUACAACCCCCAGGCCAACCACAACUCCCAGGCCAACAACAACUCCUAAACCAACCACAACUCCCAAACCAACUACAACUACCCCAAGGCCGACCACAACGACUCCUAAACCAACUACAACGACACCAAAGCCAACAACAACACCAAGACCAGUAACAACAACACCCAAACCUGCACCAAAGCCAGCAGCUGCACCAAAGCCAGCAACUGCACCAAAACCAGCAGCCACACCAACUCCGGCGGCCAAACCCACUCCAAAACCAGCCCCAGCUGCAAAGCCCACACCUCAAGCCACACCUAAGCCAGCAACACGUACGCCUCCUAAGGACCCAGCUCCGAUUGUUGAAAAAAUACCUCAAGACACCAAACCCCCAGCACAAGAAAAAUUGAAGGUCAUCAAAAAGGGUGGUGAGCAUGGUGAGCUGUAAAAAAACUAAACAUGCCAUAUAACUUUCGUCUGCCUGUGCCUAUGCCUGUGGCCAGGCAAAGCGCAAAGUUACACAACGUAAAUCAAUUUUUAUCAUUAUGAACAUAAAAUUGACACCCCACACGAACACGUAAUAAACUUACUUGGAUAUCUCUUAAAGUUCGUAGAUGUAAUUAAAUUUAAAGAAUCUUUUUAGCACAUUGCUUAUGUUCGUUUCACUCAAACACAAACGAAAAAUUAUUUAAUAAUCUCUACAAAACUAUUCUUUAGUUUUUUUAAUUUCUAUUGGUUUUGGAUUAAAAUGUGAUCUUUUUUUGAAUUAUUAUUACAUUAUCUUUAAUAUUUUUCUUUCUUUAUUUUCUACAUAUCUUAUACGUAAAAUUACAUAAUAAAGAUUUGGAAAAUAGAAAUGUAUAAUCUUAAGAGCCUGGUCAUGUGUUAAGCAAUAAAGUAAAUUUCAAGUUAAGGAAAAACUAAGGCAAUUUAAGUCGCAGGGUUCUUAGAAAAUAAGUUUAAAUACGUAUUGAAUUAUUAUAUCCUGUAUUCCAAAAGAACACGAAACGAAAUACAUUCCUUCUAUUUAAAAAUAAACAAUAUUUUUAAUUUUGUUAGUAAA